AUGGUACUCACUGAUGAUUUGAAGGAUAAUCAUGCUCCUGUGGUCCUGGAAGUACUAAGUGCCACUCUUGGUACCAAGCAAAGAAACAAAAUGAAUAAUACACUGAAGAAAAAGCAGAGAGAAAGCAUCAUAAAAGUCGUGGUUUCCUUGCUGAAUUCUGGAGGGGGUGUGGUCAAGAUAGGCAUUGUGAAUAAGAACUACAACUACAAAGAAGAUGGAAUAGCAUCAGAUUUGGAAACCUCAUUUAGUGAAAAUAUCCCAUUUGUUUCUAAGUACCUGAGUUUUAAGCAACAAGAGAACUACUUUCUGAUUUUUGUCAAACCAUGGAACUUAGGAAACUCUUUUCUCCCAAUUGCCACUGUAAAGACCAAUUUGUACAAAAGAGAUUUAUCAUCUACCAAUAUGAUGAAUAACACUGUUGCUUUGGAGUUCCUCCUAGAGAAGAAAAAGUCUGGAGGGCACAUCAUUCCUAAAACACCGAAGACAAUUCAUGGUGAGUUGCUAGGAGAAGAUACCAUAGAGGCCUCAGCUGCUGCCACUUUCAGCAAGACACAGCUUCAAUAUGGGGAAAAACUCACCUUUACUGAAUCCACACAUGCGGAAAUGAAAUGCUUCAAAACUGAAAAGUCAUUUCAGCGCAUUAAAGAGAUUCUCCCUCAGUAUGUUUCUGCAUUUGCAAAUACAGAUGGGGGGUAUUUAUUUAUUGGUAUAGAUGAUAAUAGACAAGUCACUGGAAUUGAACUGAAUGAUACAAUUGAAUCCUUAGAAAAAGGAAUUAAAAAAUGCAUAGAGAAGUUGCCUGUCCAUCACUUCUGCAAGAAAAUGAAGAAGAUAGAGUACACUUGUAAGUUUCAAAAAGUUGGUGGUGAUGAACAUCCUAAUAAAUAUGUCAUUGCACUCAGAAUAGAGAAAUUCUGCUGUGCGGUGUUUGCUAAAGAGCCAGAUUCCUGGUACGUGGAAGACAACAGAGAGAAGCAGUUCUCUGUAGAGGAAUGGGUCAACCGCAUGGUAAAUGGCAAACAAGGUGAGAAAGGGGGAUUGGAAUAA